AUGAAGUCCAGGGUGUACAGCAUUGAGGAGCUGCUCAACCUUAGAGCCUCUGCUUCCUCAGAUGUGCUUGUGGGCGUUUCACAGGGAAACGAACUUGUUGAGAUGGUUCGCAACAAGUCUCGUGUCAAUUCCGUCAGCUCUCGCAGCUACAACUCAAACUCGCUCAAGCGCAUCGACAAGAAGAAGACCGUGGAUGAUUCCUCCACUGCCUCCGAGGAAGUCGUUUUCAAGGGAAACAUGAGCCGCCGACCCAUCAAGCAGGACUCUGCGACCGCCAACAGCGCUGACAACACUAAUAUGCCUUCAACCGCAUCUGUCCCUACCAUCCCUGACCAGUCUGUUGCUGCAGCUGUUGCUCCUGUACCAGAUCCCACUCAGCUCAUGGAGUGGAAGUAUCGUGGUCGCAGCGGGGCCGAGGUCAUGGUCAACGAGCCUCUGCCAGCUCCCACGGGCCUCAUUGCCCAGCACAGCGAGGGUUUCCAACGUUUCUACAAGGCAGUUGUGUCUCCCACUCACGUUCGUGUGACUGCUGGAGGACGCAUUGUUCCCAACACACGCAACCCUGCCUCUCCAACCGCGAAGCGUCCCAAGGACACAGAGAGCGUCACGAACGACGAAAAGGCGGAGCCUGCUCCCGCAUCAGCGUCUGCGCCGAAGCAGCCUGCAGCAAUCAUGGGAAUGCCUCAACCUAUGCCAUUCUUCUAUCCUGGCUAUCCCGGUUUCCCCUUCCCGAUGCCAGUGCCUGCCGCGCCUGCUGCUAACAGCGCCGAGGAGGCUGCCCGCAAGGAGAAUCAGAACAAGAAGGCCGAAGAGCACAAAGCUGCUUCUGAGCUCCAGUCUGGCAAGCCCAGCAUCAAGCUCUCACCUCCGGACCAGUUCGACCACACCAAGCCGUUCAUGUACAACGGCCAGCAGUGGAUGUUCCCAAUGUUUCCAGCUCCCUACCCGGGCUUCCUUGGAAUGCCGCCGCCGGGAUAUGCUGGCCAUAUGCCUGGACCGCCCAUGAUGAUGCCACCUCAAAUGCCAAUGGGCCCUAUGAUGGGCCCUAUGGGCCCGAUGCCACCGAUGGGAUCAAUGGGUCCUGUAGGACAUCCUCCAUCCGCAGGUGCUUCCACCAUGACUACUGCUGCGCCAUCGUCCUCCCGUCAAUCCACUCCUCAGCCCCCCUCCAAGCCGCCGAUAUCUUCCAUCCGCCCGAGCCAGAUCACGAGGAAGCAAAUUGACGGUCUUCGGGCCAGCCUCAAGUACCAUGAGGAUCAGUUGCAGUACAACAAGCACCAGAUCGACGAAACCGACAUGGAACGCAAGAUCGAGCUGCUCAACCAUGACAUUGAACGCUUUGAGAAGGUUUUCCAGGCUCAGACGGGAUUCGAAGAGAAGCACUACCCCAAGACUGACAAGGACAAGGACGAGGCGGCCUCAUCAAGUGGCCGCAGCUCGGUGCCUUCAUCCAAGACACAGUCUCAGUCAGAGGAAAGCAAAGAAAGCAAAGAGAGCAAGGCGACUACGAUGACCAAUACCUCUCACUCUCACUCUCAGCCAAAGCUGAGAAAAAAGGAUCGGUCUCGUGACUCGGUCGGCAUCAACUCAAACAAGAGCAGCACCGCAUCGUACAGCCUGGAAGACUCUGCUCAAGAUCGCGUUUUAGCGUCCAUGCAAGCUGGAAAGAAAUCCAGCCUGCCCAGCGGAGCAGCUCGUGCGCCUGUAUUCCAACCGCGCUCAGUUUCGACCUUGUCUUGCCCUGUGCCCAGCAACAACGGACAGGCCUGGAAGACAGCCAAAGUUGAGGGAGGCAUAACUCAGGAACAGCUCGAAGCGGCCGAGAAGAAACUCAUUGCUGCAGGUUCCAAGGCUUGGGUUGUGCCCCAGGAGGUCAAUGGGGAUUCCGGUCAGCCUUCUCAUCGUGUAUCUCCACGCGGGCACGACAGCCUCGGUGUUCCCUACUUGGUCGGAACACUGCCACGGGGUGUCAACCCCUACGCCGGCCAUCGCUUCGAGUACGAGUACAGCCGCAAGUUGACGGACGAGGAGCUUCAAGCUCGCCACGUCUACUUCGGAAAGGCGCCUCGAUCUGUUAGCCAAGGCUUGCCCAAGUAUGACGGCAGGAACUUUUACCCACCCUCGCCGGCUAAGCACAUCACUCCAAACGAAUCGCCCAGUGUCCGGCGCGCCCGGGUCCCAAUCGGUGCGCCUGAAAUUGACUACGGCUUUGCUGCACCCGACGGCAGAGAAAUUGACCCAUUCGGUGCCGGAACUCCCAACGACACCCUCCCGAAGGGCGUCGGGGCCCUUGUCAGCAGUAGAGCUUCCUCGGUGAAGUCUGCUCAGUCAUUCAGCAGCCAGGCUGACGACCACGCUGAAGAGUUCAAGAAGGCCUUGGAGGAGUCCAAGAAGCUGCAGGACACGGAUGUCUCCCGCGAGUCUGUUUCCGAGGCCAGUGUGAAUGAGACAAGGUCGCUCGAUUUUAGUGAUGCACGAUCCAAUGGCACCAGCUCGAAGCUCUGGCAGAGCAUGGUGAAGAGAGGCUUUACCGCCAGUGACGUUCUUCCUAGUACUGUCACUUCGACAACGGCUCAAGGUUACCUGCCUCAUUUCACUGGCAAUGCCUCAGCCUCGCUCAGUCCCACGCUUUCUGGCACGGUCACUUCUCCCAUCCGCGAUUCAUCUGCCAAGGACACUGACACCAAUGCCAACGGCUCGACAUUCAUGGCUCCGAAGAGUGGCGAGAAUGCCCCGCCUGUUCCUUCCGACCGCAUCUCCAUCUCGGACACUAUCCGCAACAUGGUCGGCAUGAAGUCGCCCGCUUGGGCUCACUGA